UUUCCAUAGAGACGCAGCUAUCGAACUGAUGUCGUUCUGUCAAAAUGAAAUUUAACAUGAGAUAAACCUGUUUCAGAUGGGAUCUUAACACCACCAAUACAUCGAGUUUAUAAUUUAAGAUCUGCUCAUUUGAACUUGUUGUAGAAAUGUCUCAAUUGACACCUGAAGAUGAGCUGCAGCUGCAGUCUCUCCUCAAACAACUCCUCCAGAGCAUCAAUGACCGAAUUUCCAAUGCACCAUCAACCGAAUGUGCCGAGGAGGUCCUUCUUCAUCUGGAGGAGACUGAUAAAAACUUCCACAAUUAUGAGUUUGUAAAGUACCUACGCCAGUACAUGGAGACUUCACUGGGGACUGUGGUGGAGGAGGAGAUUAAGAACUUAACCAAAGGAGAUGGACAACAUGCUGUAGGAUCGGGUCAGGACACGGUGGUCCACUCUGUCACUCGAAAAACAAGGGAGUCAGCAGAGUACCAACAAAUGAUGCAAGCCCUGAAGAACACCAUGGUUCCUGUGGUGGAAUCUUUAAUCAGUAAAUUUGAAGAAGACCAGCUGAGGAAGGAGGAGAUGCACAGAGAGGCACAGCACACACAGUCUAACACUCAGUACAACGACUGCUCUGACAGUGACUCCUCCUUCAACCAGAGUUAUGCGUUUAUCAGACAAGAGCAGCUGCAAGCAUUGACUGAAAACCUUGAUUCAAGCAAACCCAAAGAGGUGCGAUGGGAAGCUCUUCAGGCUCUUUGCUCUGCUCCACCAUCAGAUGUCCUGAGCUGCGAGAGCUGGAGCAGUCUGCGCAGAAACCUGUGUGCAGCCCUGACUGAGCCAGACCUCAGUGAUCACGUACUACAGUUUUUUGCCAAAAGCUUUUCCUCAUCACCUCUGAAUGUCACCAGAGAGAUCUACACUAGCUUAGCUCAAACUGUGGAAUCCAGUUUUCAUUCUCUGAAGGUCCCACUCCACUCCAGUGGCAUUGACAUAAACAGGCCUGAAAUCAGUCGACUUGUAAAACAGAUUCGAUUAAUGAAUGAUUUUCAAAAAGAAGUAACCACAUUUUGGAUUCGUCAUCCUGAGAAGUACAUGGAGGAAGUCAUUGAGAGCACUUUCUCCUUGUUGGCAUUUCAUUCUGACAGUGCUUCUUCACCGAGAUCAGUAAAACUUCUGGAACCUUUGCAUCUCUUAGCCUUACUAGAUAUUAAAGCCACUUGGUUCAAAAAGUGGAUGCAUGGGCACUACAGCAGGACUGUGGUUCUCAGACUUCUUGAGAAAAAAUACAAGUCUUUGAUUAUGGUGGCACUGCAGGAGUGUAUAUAUUACAAAGAAUCCUGUGAAAAUUGCAAGGAAGGAAAAAAAGAGUCAAAUGAUCAACAGAAAGCUGGUCAGAUAAGCUUCUACACUGAAACAGAGCUUGAAUAUGCCCUCUUUGUGCACUCACUGUCCGUACUGGGGAUGCUGCUGAUAUACACCAAUGGGAGAAGGCUCUUCCCAGUUAAAGUACACAAGUAUAAAGAUCCAGUCACUCUGACGGAGCUGCUUGUCAUCCUCAUUAACAUCAUGUACCAACACCCAAAGGCGUCUCACAGGGAUGUCUCACACUCAGACAUGUUGUCUCCCAGUGGUCUGGUGAUGGAAGUGCUGUGGAGGCUGUGUGAAAGGACAGAGUGUGCUGCAGACUGCCUACACAUGAGCCCAGUGAUAGAGACUCUACUGGCACCUGUUCUAGCACUGCUCAGUGGACACAAGACAAAAUUAAAGUCUCCUCCAGCGACUUUAACACUCAUUGCUGAUGUUUUGGCUCGAAUCGCCAACACCAACAAAGGAUUAGAUCUCUUCCUACACAAGAAAGAUCUAAUGAUAUCCCACAGUCAGAGGACCUCUGCGGCACAUGUCAUUGUUCAGUUCACUUUGAAGCUGCUGAAUAAACAGAUCCCUGGGCUGAGUGACCCUGAGGUGUCCUAUUCUUUAUGUGGCGCCUUCAUAUUUGUGUGUAGACAGAUGUACAACACCUGUGAGGGUCUGCAGGAGCUCCGACCCUACGGCUUGCACAAAGCUCUGGCCACAUCUUGGAGACAGAUCAGGGAAGGGCUUCAGACACCAGCACCCGGAACCAAUCAAGGAUUGAACAGUGAUUGUGAAAACACGCUUAUGUGGGAGGAGACCAUCUUGGACAGCCUGCUGAACUUUGCAGUGACUCCUAAAGGUCUUCUACUUCUGCAGCAGACUGGAGCCAUCAAUGAGUGUGUUGGAUACAUGUUCUCUCGCUUUACCAAAAAGCUGCAGGUGAGUCGAUGUGAAAAGUUUGGCUAUGGGGUGAUGGUGACACAGAUUGCAGCGACUGCUCCUGGUGUCGUGGCUCUGAGCAGCUCAGGUUUUAUUAAGGCUUUGGUGAUUGAGUUAUGGUCAGUCCUGGAAUGUGGGAAUGAAGAUGUAAGGGUGGUUCGUCCAAAACCAACCCCUAUGGAUCCUAUUGACCGAAGCUGCCUGAAGUCAUUCCUAUCUUUGGUCAACCUCCUUUCCUCUUCCCAGUCUGUGUGGGAACUGCUAGGACAUCAAACUCUAGCCAACAUGGAUGAAUACACGUUGAGAGAGGUGCCUACAUCCAUCCCAGAUCUGAUUGACAGGCUGAUUGCUGUGAAUUCAGAUGCCAAGAUACACUCGCUGUUCCAUUUUGAGCAAUCUCACACGUUUGGCCUGAGGGUGCUCAGUGCGCUUUGCUGUAAUCUGGACACGUUCCUGCUGCUGGAGAGCCAGUACAACAUCUGCUCCAUGCUGCUGCAGAGGCAAAAGGAAAAUGUCGCCGAGAUGGCCAAUGGCACAGGGGAGAUCAUCCUGGACAGUUUAUCGGUGGAGAGGAAUUACGUGCUGGUUAGUGUAAGUGUAGUUGGAGGUCCUUCUGAAAGGAAACUGCCUCCUCGCUCCAUACAAGAGGGAGACGACCCUUUUCCUUGGCCUAUGUUUAGCUGCUACCCUGUACCACAGUGCUACGCUCUGGAGUUGAAAGAGACUGACCAAAUACAUUCAGAUCCUGAACUGAAUGCGUUCCUGGCGUCAGCUGAGGAUAUUAGUGAUGAGAGCUGGAUGGAGGUGUGCAGAAGUCACUAUCGCAGGAUUAUGGCAAAGACACCCACUUUGCUAACUGGAGAGGUAUUGGCUGAUCUUCUGGAAAUGAUCGUUUCUCGUUUGUCCAACGCAUACUCUGAAUGCUUCUUUCCUCAGGCUUUGUACAGAGCCGAUGAGAAAACUGUGACGAGUGCUGCUCUGCUGUCAGUGGAGGAGCUGGGGAUCAACAUCUGUCUCAGAUAUGGCUGCUUCCUGAAGCUGCUCAGAGAUGACGCAGGGGCUGAUCUGACGCUGCUGAUGAAACACAUGAAGGUCUUUUUGAGCUCUCACAGAGUGAAAAGCACUUCACGCCUCAUCUGUCUGCAGGAUAGCUACCCAGGAUACGACUGGCUGAGCUCCACAGUGUUCCUUGUGAUGAAGGGGGACAUGGACCGUGCACUGCGCCUGUUACUGGACCUCUCAUCUCUGCUGGUCUCAGCCUUUAUAUGGCCAGCCAGGAUACAUGCUUCAGUCCAUGUUCCUCUGGCUGUGGCUGAGUCUGGGAUUGGUCCGGUGUACUGGUGCACUGCACACUAUGUAGAGAUGCUACUGAAGUCUGAGCUCCCCCUGGUCCACUCAGCCUUCAGGAUAUCUGGAUUCACCCCAUCUCAGAUGUGUAUCCACUGGCUGACGCAGUGUUUGUGGAACUACCUGGACUGGCCUGAGAUUGUGCACUACCUCUCCACGUGUGUGCUGAUGGGAGCUGACUACCAGGUCUACAUGUGUGUGGCCCUCUUCAAGCACCUGCAGCCAGCCAUCCUGCAGCAGACACAGUCCCAAGAGCUGCAGGUCUUUCUCAAGGAGGAGCCGAUCCGAGGUUUCAGAGUUUGCGACUACUUGGACUUUAUGGAAGAUCUGGAACACAAAUACAGAGACAUGGUCCUCACCGACAUGAAGAACAUUUGUAAUCCUGUUGACUAGAACUACUCUCUGCUAUCAAACUUUUACCUGCUUUUUACCCAGUGGCUUUUCGUCAUCACCAGGGCUUUUUUUUUUUUCCCAGAAUCCUUCACUGCAGACCGCUGUGUGCUGAAUAUGUAUGUGAGCAGUGUUUUAUGGUGAUGAAAUGGCAGAUGAGAGAGAUCCCGUUGUCACUGUAAAGACUGCUGCAUCUGAGAAGACGUGAUCCAACACAUAGAGAAACGGUGGAUAUGACGUUUGCAAAAUUAUGCAGAAUGGAAACCUAAAAAAUGCUAUAUGCUAAGUUGCUAACAGAACCAUGCUGGGAUCUAGAUGAAGGAAUUAUACG